UCGUUUUACACUGCACUCACCGUUCUCGUGAUCAAAACACGAUGCUGCAGCUGUGUCCGUGAAUUGUGCGACAGAAAGAUUUCAAUUUUUACAUCGAAUUUCGAGGAGUGAUACCUUCCAUUUUGAUAUGUCUUUCAAUACUUUUACAUUUGUACUCCUAAUUGGCAUCGUGUGCUUCGGUGUGACCAAGGCACAGUUUGAGGACUGUCGAUGCAAGUGCGUCUGUCCUGGAGAUCCCAAGACCAAGCACAAAGUCAACGUGACCGUGGUCAGCGUGCCUGCCUAUGAGUGCUUUUGUGAGCAUAUUACAGGUAGGAGCGAGCUGGAAUGCCUCCGCUGUGAGUGUCGAUACGAAGUCCGGUCUACCACAGUGAUCAAGAUUGUGGUCAUAUUUGUACUCGUUUUGAUCGCCAUCUUGUUGGUGUAUCUCAUUGCGCUGCUGAUCAUGGACCCGGGCAUGCUCAAGCGUAGUGAAAGUGAUCGCAGACGACAAACUCAGGAAAUACUUCAUCAGGAUUCUUCCAAUGGGUUGCAUGAGUCGUCGUACCUCCGUCGUCGCCUGGGUCGUGUCGGAUCAGCCCAGAAGCGGUGGCAGCACAAAGUCAAACAACAACGUCAGGACGUCUUUCAGGACCACACCCUGCUGAGCUAAGCCUGACCGAGGUCUUGGCAAGCCAGCAUCUGGGAUUUGGGUGACUGUUUUCCGGAAUGGAACAGAAUGGAUUCCAAAUAUUGAAAUCUAAACAGUGGCCUCCAACUCCACUUUUUGUCUUUUUUUGGGAGGGGGGAAGAAUCAACUUCGUAUAGUACAGUACAUGUAGCUGUUCUUAUAGUCCAAGAGUCGAUUUUAGGACACGCCUGACAGUUUGGAAAGCUGGUUGACUACAGGAACCAAGCAAUUCUGGAAAGAAACAGGUGCCGUAAAGCUCUUAAAUAAGAUGGGCACCUCUCAGAUCAAGCUAGUCUAUUUCAUCUGUGAAAUGCAAACUUCUUUAACCACUACCGGCCGGGGACUCCGGGAUCGGAGCCGUAUGGUUUAUAUGUGUGGCCGGGGUCUCCGAACUCGGACAAAGGAAACA